AUGUCAACAAUCGGCACAACAACACUUCAAACAACAGCACCAAACUCUUUAGUCAUGAAUCCAACAUCUAUGUUAGUAGAGAUGAAAAGCUUCAUUCCUUCUUCAUAUACUUUCGAAACAAAAAUCCAGAAGAUAAAGCAAGAACUUUUAACAAGUAAUUUAGACUGUAGUGCGAAAGAUGAAACAAAUGAACAGUAUCUUUAUGAAAUGCAGGACAUUAUUGACCAUUUACCCAAAUUGCCUGAAAUUCAACAACAAAAACUCACUAUUCCUGAAUUCGAUGAAAUAGAAGUGAAACCAACUGACUCAGUAGAAAUAAAGAAGUUCAUACGAAAGGUAAACUAUGAGUUUCUAGGAUUUCAUUGCAACCAUAAGGUUAUGGACAAAGAUUGCGACAUGGUAUAUAAGAAUGUUUCUGACAUAUAUAAAUCUGAAGAAUUUAAGACCUACGACAACUUUGUUUCGUUAGUUGCUGAAUGUGUAUGGCAGAUAAGAGAUGAAGAUAGAAGAGGUAAAGUAUGGAAUAAACAGAUAAAAC